GAGCCCCUCGAGCCGCCCGCGGAGAGCGACGGGGCGUCCUCGGACGACCCCGGGCCCGUGCUGCCGGGGGCGCCGUGCCUUCGGCUCGCGCACGCCCGCUGGGAGCGGCGCCGCGGGCUGCCGAGGGCGCGCGUGCGCCUGCGGGUGGCCCUCGCGCGGCCCGAGGCGGAGGCGCAGGUCGUCGAGGAGGCGGUCGCGCGGCCCGAGGUGGAGGCGCAGGUGGUCGAGGAGGCGGCGGAGGCCGCCGCCGCGGAGCUCGCCACGCCCGGAGAGGCGACCCUGCAGCCCGAGGAGCUGCAGCGGGCAGUGCAGACGGAAGGGGAGGGGCAGGGCCCGCCCGAGGCUUCGGAGGUGGUGCAGCUUCGCGUGAUUACUGGCACGGCAGAGGCCGGCCUGAAGAAUCUGGGCUGGGCCUUCCCAUACCUGCCCGAGAAGGGGCCUGUAGGGCAAGUGAUGGUGAGGGUGACGCCAGGCGGCUGGGCUGCAGGGCUGGGCGUGCAGGAGGGUGACCGUUUGGCCCUCAUCAAUCACGAGUCACCCGACGGAAUGCUGCGCAAGGAGCUCAUGGCAGCCAUUAAGGCCCGGCCUUUGGAGCUCACCUUCCACCGCCAAGAGCAGGUUCGAGACGGGGAAGCCGGAGUUGGACUCGCCGUUGCCGCGGAUGACGCGGCCGAGGCGCCAGCAGUGUCAGCGCAGCACGCCUCGCAAGCGGCCGCUGCAGAUGUGGGGCCGGAGGCCGCGGCGACGCAGCCUGGCGCCGCGACCGCGGCAGCGGCUGCGGCAGCGACCCCCGCGGCGGCAGACCUGGCGAGCGCUGCCUCUCCGGCAGCGGCUGAGGGCGGGCUCUCGGCCACGCCGCCGGCAUCCCUCGCUGGGCAGGGCGCCGCCCAGGACGCGGUGCGGGCGGCUGCGGAGCUCGGGGCCGUGUCGUCGGGCGCAGCCGAUGCUGCCGCUGCAGAUGCCGCGCCGGGAAGCGCACAGGGCGGCCACGCGGCAGCGCGGCAGCGCCCGCCACCGCUGGAGCAGCCGCCGUCGGCACGCACCGAGCUGGGCGCGGGGCACGCCGCCAGCGAGGCUGCGCCCGCUGCGGACGAGGAGGCGGCGGGCGGGCCGCCGAGGACGUUCCACGAGGACGACCUCCUCAGUGCAGCGCCGCCAGACUCUCAGGAAGGCGCCGCCGCGCCGAAUGCGGCGGCGCUGGCAGAGGCAGGGGCCGCCGAGGACAGGGCUGCGGCCGCAGCCGAGCAGGCGCGGGCAGCCCUCGCAGAGGCCAUCUCGAGCGCGACCUUGCGGCCUACUGUGGACGACCUCCACGUCAUGCUGGGCGUGCAGCCACUCAAGGCGAGCCCGGACGUGCAGGUGCAGGACGUGACUGUGCGGGAGGUCGACGGCGAGCUGGUGUGCGACAUGCAGUUGCGCGGCGACGCCUCGGUGCGAGCCGCGGCCGCCGCAGUGGCCGCCGCCGUGCGGGACCCGGCAGACAUGCUGGGAGUGCGUUGCGCGCUGUUGCGGGCGGGCGCCGACAGGGACGCGGAGCCAUAUGUAGGCGUCGAGUGGCCGCUUGAGCUGGCGAGGAGGGAGGUGUCAUCGAUCUACGGGCAGUGCGAUCUCUCCAUCGACACGCUGCAGCAACUCGUGCCAGUGCUCGACUCGUGCUACGAGAUGUACAGUGCCAGGUGGAACGCUGCCCAGUCCGAAGAGCCGCAAGAGUGUGCCCAGCUGCUUGCGGUGCCUUCCAUGUGCCGCUUUGAAGGCCAGCUGCUGCCCAUCAGCGAGGGCCAGCGAGGCGCGCUUUACAGGGACGCCGCCGCGCAGGAGGCCAGCGAUCUCGACAGCCUGCUGCUCGAUGCCGCCGCGGCGCAGUGGCAGCUGAAGACGAGCCUGGCACCCGACACGGCAUGGGCACAGGAACAGCUCGACGACACCUCUGCAGUGCCUCCAGGAGACACCCGUAGGCUGUGGCGCUCUGGGCAAUCGCAUCUGGCCCCUUGCGGAGAGCACCUCGACCCGGGCAUCCGGAGCAGGGCAGAGGUGGCGGAGAUGGCGUCCAGGCAGCCGCUGGAGAGCCUCCCUGGGGUCUCGCGGCUGCUGAUCUUCUUCGACACGGUGGAGUGCCUCCUCGCCGCGCUGAGGGGCUUCCUGCAGGGGCUGGAGGUCGUGCAGGUGGACAACAUGUUCCGGGACCCGUCUUGCCUCGGGCUGCGCUACGUCGGCAUUGGGGUGCGGCAGCACGUGGAGGCGGAGCAGGGCGAGGCGCAGCGCUGCCACAUCAGCGAGGUCCAGCUCCAGCUCAGGUGCAUGCGCGACGCCGAGGCGGGCGCCGGGCAGGUGUACGCCCAGAGGGUGGGGCACCUGCUGGGCGCCGCCGGGGUGGAGCCCCAGGAGCGGGCCGCCGUGUCCGAGCUGCUCCUCCGCGUGCUGGACUGGACCGACGGCGCGGUCGCCCGCGAGUCCCUGCGGGAGCUCGCGGGCCUCGUCGCGUGCGAGGAGGACGGCCCGCCCGGGGCCCCCGGGGCGGAGGCGGACGCCGCCGGCCUGCAGGAGCGGCGCCGCGCGGCGGAGGCGGCGGCGCAGGGGGCGGAGGCCGCCAGGGCGGAGCUGGAGGCUGCCCUGCAGCGGGCGACGGCGGAGCUGGAGGCCGUGCACCAGCAGGGGCGCGAGCGCAGGGCGCGGGGCGACGCGGCGCUGCGGCAGUGCGCAGGGCUCUCCACGCAGGCCAAGAACGAGGUUGGCGAGGAGCACCAGGCUGUCGUGGUCGACGGCGGGGGCGGCCUGCCGGACGAGGCGCAGUGUGCGGAGCACGUCCGCCGGUUGGGUGAGCUCUGGCGGGCCAAGGAGGGCAGCAUCCUGCAGGAGCUGUGCCAGAACCUCCGGAAGCCCCACGCCGAGAGUGGCGAGCUGGCGGCGAAGCUCACCGCGGGCGACCUGGCCCAGGUCUGUCACGGCCUGCGUGAGAGGUUUGGCGAGAAGGCGACACUCCACCCAGAGCUGAAGGACCACUCGAUCGCGAUAGCGUGCUGGGUGCUGUACACCAUGACAGAUGUCGACAUCGACCGCCUGCUUGGAUUCGAUUGCCCCGAGCUUCCAGAAGACAAGCAGUUGCCCAAAGACCGCGACGAGUUCUACAGGCCUUACCGCGCCAAAUACGGGUCGCAGAGGAACCCGCAUAUGUUCGGGAAGGCGAAUUGGGCAGCGCACGGUGGCGGAUCAUUCGAUCAGAUGGUCUCCAAGAAGGACAAGAGCGCGGAGGUGACACCCCAGCUCGAGGCCGACAGGUGGGCCAGGUGGCUGUGCAUCCUGGGGGCAUCCGCUCGGAAACUGGAGACCCCCAUAAAAGUCACUCGAGGUCUCACCAAUCUGCCCGACCCGUUAAUGAGGCAACUUGCGAGCAAGAGGAAAGGGCACACGAUCUACUGGGCAAACCCUGCGAGCACCACCGACGACGAGAGCAUCUCGGAGAGCCGCAUCCGCCAGCAGGAGCCCGUCAACAAGAACGUGCUGUUUGUCGUGACCGGGGUGACCGAGGCCAUCCCGCUGUUUGAGAUCAGCAGGUACCCGGAGGAGCGCGAGGUUCUCCUUCCGCCGUUCUCGGUGCUCGAGGUCGCGGCGGUGGAAGACGAGCGCCCGUCCCGCCCCUUGGUCGUGGAGUGCGCGUUCCGGGGCUGCAAGAUCCCUGCCGGGCUCCGGGAGGAGUGCAUCCGCGACCUCGCCGAGGCGUCCAGGCAGCUCGACGACCACCACGCGGAGGCGCAGCGGCGCCGCGGCGACCUCGAGGCCCGCGCCGGCAGGCUGCGGGCCUCGUGCGCGCGGGCCCGCGAGGCGGCUGCCAGGGC